GUGUGGUGUGUGUGUGUGUGUGUGUGUGUGUGUGAUGCGAGAUGGUAGGCUGAGACGAAACAGCGGCUGACUCAGUGGAACUGUAGAAGCUGCGCGCGAUAGAUUCACUCUUCACUGCAGCGCUCACUGAAACACACACACACACACACACUCUCUCUCUCACACACACACACACACACACAUCCAAACACUCUCUCUCUCUCUCUCUCUCUCUCUCUCUCUCUGACAUCAUGCCUGGAACACACACUCCUCGGGCAGCGAGCGGAGCAGAUGAACACACCACACACGGUCCACACGUGGCGCAGAGCCGUCACUGAGACACGGUCCAGACUCUCGCAUCCGGACUUCCGAGGAGAUAAAGGGAUUAGCGUUGUCUCCCUUGGAGGAAAAAAAAAAGAAGAGAAGGAACAACAGAAGACGCUUUCAUCUGACGGAUAACGUGCUGCUGAUGAUGGAGGGAUGAUGGAGAGAUGAUGGGAAUCUCUCGCUCUUCUACAGCACACUCGGGAUUUUAAGCUGAAUGAGACGCAGCGCAUCCAGACAUCUGCAGGAACUCCACUUGUUUUAGUCUGAGUGUGUGUGUGAGAGUGUGUGUGUGUCUGUGUGUGAGAGUGUGUGUGUGUGUGAGUGAGUGUGUGUGUGUGUGAGUGUGCGUGUGUGUGUACACGUUCCCACAUGGCGUGCUACUACAUCGUGAUCAGCUCCACACACCUCAGCAACGGACACUUCCGCAACAUCAAAGGAGUUUUCAGAGGACCGCUGUGCAGAAACGGCAACUUGGAUUAUGCGGAAAAGGAGAAGACUUUGGCUAAAGCUCUGGAGGACCUGAAGGCUAAUUUCUACUGCCAGCUGUGUGAUAAACAAUACUACAAACAUCAGGAGUUUGACAAUCACAUUAACUCAUAUGACCAUGCGCACAAACAGAGGCUGAAGGAGCUAAAACAGAGGGAAUUUGCCCGCAAUGUGGCCUCCAAACUAAGGAAGGAUGAGCAGAAGCAGGAACGAGCGCUUCGGCGGCUACACAAAUUGGCUGAACAGAGGAGAGAGGUUCAAUGUAGUGCUCCAGGAAGUGGCCCGAUGUUUAAAUCCACCACCGUGGCAGUGGAAAACUUCAAUAAAUCCUGCUUCAUGGAUAAAGAGGAAAACCAGAACAUUGCAGAACAGGAGACAGAAUCUCAAAUCCCAUGGCCAUAUCGAGGAAAAGCAAAGAAACAAACUCUCCGUCGCAAGAUCGCUUUCUCCUUUUCCUUUCCAAAGAGAGCAUCGCUGAAGCUGGAGUCUUCAGCUGCAGUCUUUUGUGAAAGUACCGAGGAGAAGAAGCUGAUUAAAUAUGAUACAGAGGUUAUGACACAUCAAAAGAGUGACACCAAAAGUUCUCUGAAUGAUGCAAUGCCUGCCUCAGACCUGUGCGCUUUCCUCGUUUACUCAGAGGACAGAUCAGUGUCUCCAAUUAGCCACUUUCCAACUGUUCCUGGAAGCUCGGACCUCAGUCUGGACUCGGAGGAGAGCAAUAUACCUGAAAAUAAAGAAGAUAGUGGUCAGGAAGAGAGCACCACAAGUGAUGCUCCUCAACCAACAUCAUGUGAUGUCAAUUCAUUUCAAAGCCAAGAAAAAGACAAUGCUUGUCUCAGAAGACCGAGCCAACCUUUCAUCUCUGUUGUGGGUCGAGAUGGUAAAACUAUCUUCCAAUGGCCUUCAGAAAUGGUGUGCUUCACAAAAACAGAGCCGUCCAUCUCGUUUAGCUGCAACCCUCUCCAUUUUGAUUUCAGAGGUUCCCAGUUCAGGAAGUCUCCUGAUGACUUUCAGAACAAAAAUGACCAAGAAUUGUCUUUCAUUUCUGAAAAAAGCCAAAAAACAUCCUCCCCUUCCUGUGAGAUAUCCACAGAGGAGGCCACAUGUAGAGUGGAAAGAAAUAUCCGAAAGUGCCACCUGUAUUCUAGCAACACACGGAGAAAAUGCAAGCGUUUGAAAAAUUGGGCUCAGAGCGGUAAGAGAGCAGAGGACAAAUUACAAGGCAGAGAUCGACGCCAUUACAGGAGUCAGCACAAAAAGAGGCACAAGAGAAGAAGUAGGUGGGAGGAGGAGGAUCACAGUGAGCCGGAGCAGAGUGCAAACAUGAAAAAAUGGACUAAACUCCACAAACGAGAAGGAUUUGAAAGCCAACUUAGAGGUUGCGUUGCACAGCAAGAGCAGCCAUUAGAGAAGUCAAAGCAAUCAGCUCAGAAUCAGGCAGAGAAUAACAGCGUUGUUUCCUCAGCAGGAGGCUCUGUCGAAGCUGAAAAGGUACUUGAUAACAGCAGGGGAAUGGUAGAUGUCCCUGCUUUAGGGCAGACAAUGAUCACACAAAAUGACUCACACCGUCUCAGUGUGAUUCCUUCUGAUCGUGAAACAUCAGCCUCAGAUCACAGCAGCCUAACUAUACCAAAGAAACGACAAAGAGACUCCCAGAGCAAAGAGGUUAAUGUUUCGUCAGAUCUUACACAGUGUGGUGUGACUGAGGAGCUAGAUGAAGAAGAAGAUGUUUUGUGUCUAAAUCAUGGACGAAAAAGACAAAAAUUGGACCAAAGUCCUACCACACAUCUCCCUGAUGAACAUCCUGUUUUUGUUUUAAAUGGAUCGGAUGGAAUGGUGGACAUGGAAUCAACAUGGAAUAUUCUCAAUUUAAAAGAUCCAGGCACAUGUGGUCCUGAAGAAGGAGAUAAUGCAGCAGGUGAAGCAUCCAUCGAUAAAAACCCCAUUUCCACCCCGGAGAUAAAUUCUCAGCCUCAACCUGAGCGAGAUCUACAGCCUAAAGACACAAAUCAGCUUCCUACAGUCCAAAAUGGUGACUCAGCAACAGAGAAGGAAUCUGAAAAUGAGUGUAAGAAGUGUGCCAUCACAUCUCGAGUCAAAGAAAAAGAGAAAGUCAGCCAUGAUAAAUCCUGCCAGCAUACUCCACCAUUGCCCGGCUUUCAACUUCUGGACGAGGAAAGGCAGAACUGCACAAUCCGGAGUCCAUUCAACCCAAUGCUGUGCUUUACGUCUCAACUCAAUGGUGUGGAGAGGCAUGGCCUUCUUCACGGCCACACCCACAAACAGGUUCUGCACCAGAAGGUGUUUUCUGCUAAGCUCAGAUCUACACUUCCCAUCUCCUCUCCUAUCCUUCACCCUGUUCACUUACCGUCUGCCAUUCCAUCCAGUUCCAUUACCGUCCUUCAGCAUCACUCCACCUUCCUGCCUGCUCAGCCUUCUCUCUUUACCCAAGUAGUGCCUGUUACCCGGCUUCCCCUUGCCCCUGAAAUCACACCCUUCAUAACCUCGUCUCAAGUUUCAAUGGUGGCUCCACCCACUAUCCACACAACAGCCGUGACAUUCCACACUUUACCCCGUCCUCAAGUCUUUCGGCCACUCCUGCACCCCCCUGCUCCUUUUCCACCCUUACUACCCCCUCAUACUACUGUCAUCCCCCUUCAGCCUCUCUUCUGAAAUUACUACAACUUGGUAAAAUAGUUAUAGUGGUAAAAUGUUACAAAGUACAUUCUGAAAUUACAUUACAAAACAGUAAUAUACAUAAAUAUACCACUGGGGGAGCAAACUAGUGUCUAUGCCAUUUUUUCUUACCAAAUGUGUUUGUGUUUAGAUGGAUAGGACAUUGCAGAUGUUAGAGCUUUUUAUUAAAGUAAUUUAGCAAUCAGUCAGGUAAAUGACAAUUCUUUCUUACCAAUGAGCCAUGGCACUGCAAGACAAGCAGCACCACUUUGUCUAGAGAUAAUUUAAAUCUUAAAUUCUUAAUUUUUAUUAGCCCAUAUGUCAGAGGUGAAGGAUCUCUCAGCUGUACACAAACAAUAAAGGAAAACUCCACCAGGAAUGACUUGCACAUCAGUAAUUAUAAUUAACAUGUAAUCUUCAAUGACAUCCAAGAUUUAUUUUAUAAUGAAAUUCUGAGGGGUUUAGUUUCUAAAUUACCCACAAUGCCAUUCCGUUACCUGCUGAUAGUGGCACAGUGAAAGAAAAGCAAUGCAGCGGGGCUUUAAUCCUUUAGUCUGUCCAGCUCUCUCACCUCCUCAUCUGUAAACUCAAACAGAUCAAGCUUCAACCUUCAUGCUAAUACCUCCAUCAAUGCCAUUGCUCUCGUCAUCUAAUAGAUCUCCACUACUUCUCAUACUUUCUCAUUAAUAUGAUGUUGAAUGUCACUGGAAAAUUAAACGUGCGUGAGAAAAAAAAUUCUUUUUAGGAUCUAACAGCGAAAUCUGAGUGGUUGAGAUCUUCUCACAGAAAAAAAAAUAUACAGCACCAACCAAGAAAUUAGCCCCAGAAUCGCUAAACACACACGUCAUUAAUAUUUCAAUAUAAAUAUGUUUGAUUAACAUUGUGCUUCAGGGUGGAGUUUUCCUUUACAGCUUGUGUUUUUAUAUAUCAUUUAGCUCAAAAUUAGCUCAGUGAUCAUAGCAACAUCAGUGGAGAUAUGCUUAAAUACCAAUGUGUGUAUUAUGGAUCAUGUAAAAUAUUCUUUACCCAGUGUUUUAAACAUAUUUAUCUGAAACUUAAAGUCCCACAUAGCACAGGACAGCAAGAAUGCAUGCAGAUAUGCAUUAAAAAAAAAAAAAAACAAACAAACAAAGCGGACAUGCAUUAAAAAAAUU